AUGAGUAUCUUUAUUGAAGACCUACAAGGAUGGUAUAUCAAGGGAAACAUCGAAACCAACGGCCUCAUUAUCGGAAGUCGCGAUGGCUGGAAAACUCGCGCAGUCCCCUUCGACAGAUUUUUGGAAUUGAUGCCGAGGAUGAGAACGAUGCUGGUUCAGCACUGGGAGCCGCAUGUCAACAGCAUUGACCUUGAGCACGAAAACUGCAAAUUAAUUGACGUCAGCCCUUUCUACCGCUGGCUCGCGAGCAGCCGAUCCACCCUUUUAGGGAUGGACUACGAUAUAACCACGUGGAAUCUACUACGGAAAAUUCGGCUAAAUUAUCGCGGCGACGUCGGCGAGCUGCAUAUAUAUGCGGGUCGUGUGGAUGCAGUCCCAUGGAACGACGCUAGCAAGAUAGCGCAUGAUCUUUGGCGCGGACGGGAGUUGAGUCGGAGCUUGGUACCGACAAUCCGUUUUGAUUGCUUGUACAGUUUCGAAGGAGUUGCUCUGUUGGGCGAUAUAGCCCUUUCUCCAGAGAGACUUCCGCGGCGUGGGCUGUUGCAUCACAUUGAAGCGAACCGCGAUUGGGCCAAUAAUGAGGAAAUCGGACGUUCCGAAAGCUUAUUGAAAAGCUUCGCGGAACGACUCCGUCGCAAGCACAACGGCAUCAUGGAAUGUGUGGAUGGUGCGGACGCGGAAACACUCCAUGAGUGGAUGGAUAUUCUAAACCUUGAGCGGUAUGGCACGGAAUAUGUUCAACAGUUUUGUCGAAUCUACGCAUAUGGAAAAUAUUUCCUAGUAUGCUUUGCUGUAUCCUCUUGCCACGAGGUGUUCAACCUCUGCAUUUUCGACAAA